CAGAUAGAUACCACUAGAUAUGUGUUCCCAAAAACAAACCGAUGACCAUAGUAUUCAUUCGGCACAUAUAGUCGACAUUCAUGACGUGCCCAUCGCUUGUAUCCUAAGACCCAUUCCUCCGGUUCUCGACGAUAGCAAAGUCGACAGUCUUAUGGAAACAUUAGCGAGAUCUACCGAAACUGUACCGCCAAUAGACGUCCUGUGGAUUGUUGGCCGCGAAGGCGGUAACUAUUACUACUCGUUUGGCGGUUGUCAUCGAUUCGAGGCCCACAAGAGACUCGGUAUGGCAUACAUACGGUGCAAACUGAUCCGAUCGACCAUUUCGGACCUCAGAUGCUAUUUGGGUGCAUCGACACCUGAUCUCAAGUGA